AGUCGCACCUGCGCCUAAGCAACUCUCCUUCCAUGGUCCAAAUGUGCCUGGCAUACAACACUGAGAAAAUUAUGCUUAUGUUAUUUGCCACGUUGCUCCUUUUGAUGUGUCGCUACGCAGAUGCCAAUGGAGCGCACAUAUAUCCUCGAAUAUUGCAAGAGCGCUCGACAUCAGGAAAGCUGGCUCUAAUGCUCAACAAAAUGAUAACGCUAAAUCUAGAAAAGAGUACAGUCCUGGUUGACAACCUGCUUUUCGUUACAAGCACCAAAGACCAACAAAAGGUGGAAAUGGUAGACACGUCUGAUAUCCAACAGAGUAUAUACCAUGACACACAUUAUCAGUCAUCCGUGAUGGUGCGACAGGAAGGCGGCAACGUGGAAGUCGAAGGAAUUGUCAGUCACAAUUUGCGAAUUCGGCCUCUCCCGGAAGGUGAACGAUCACUGCAAGGUCAGGUACCACACAUGUUAUUUGAAGUACCAUUGACAGAAAAUUUUAGCGAAGUGGAACCAGAAUUUCCACGCCUGCGGGAACGAAGCAACCGCAACAACAGCAGUGGCAACUUGAUCAAGUAUCCGCAAUCACGAGCUUCAGGAUUGCAAAGGUUUCCCGUGGAGGUUCAUAUCGUUUCCGACAAGGCGCACCAGAAAUAUUUCAAGGACAACCUGAAACUGAUCGCAUACUUGGCAAUCAUGAUGAACGCGGUGAACCUAAGAUAUUUGGACACGACCAACCCCAAAAUCGACUUCCUUCUUGUCGGCGUAACAAGGGCGAAAGACCACGACUUCGCUCAAACUGAGGGCCGUUAUAUUGAUGCGGGAGAAAUGAUAAGCGGACUAAAACUUUACAAAAGUCAAGGAAGGAUACUAGGCCACCACGACGUGGUGUAUCUUAUCACAGGGUACGACAUUACAAAAUGGCUCGCCAAAGGAAAAAGAUACAAUGGCAUUCGUGGACGCGCAAAACUGGGCACCGUCUGUACGCACCUGGGAUUAGGUGAAGGUGAAGAUAAACCACAUGGGUACCUCGGUGUGAACACCAUUGCUCAUGAGCUUGGCCACACGUUAGGGGCAGAGCAUGACAGGUCACCCGAGUGUCCCUGGAAAGAUGGAUAUCUGAUGAGUUACGAAGACGGAGGAUUAAAAAAAUUCCGGCUCUCGCAAUGCAGCGAAAGAAGCAUUAGAGAAUAUGUGAGGACACUGUCAGACGAUUGCAUUAGAGUUCUGAACGGGCAGAACUACUUGAGAGACCAAAGGAAAUAUCCUGGACAGACAAUACGGAAGAAAUAUUACUGCAGGAAAUUAAUGGGGAACACUAAGGAAACGAAAAACGUCUUCGUGAAAAAGGCUGAUAAUUGCUUUCUUCAAUGCUGCCUUGAGUACCCCCAUUAUACGUCGUGUGCACACUACAAAAUGCUCGAUGGUAUGAGCUGUGACCCUGGAAAGACUUGCAGGAGAGGAGUUUGUGCAAAGCACUAGUUACUCAACAAGAAAAUAAGUAGCAGUAUUCAAGAUAAUGUGACCCUUAGGAAAGAAAAUAAAGAUGUACUUUGA